AUGUUAUUCGAGAGUGACGAUAUAAACUGGUUUCAUUAUUUACAAAAUAUCGAUGUAAACUUACCAUUCGAUGAAAACCUUAAUCACCUAAUUAGCGAAUUUAAAGAGAAAAAGUUCAUUGUAAAUGGAUUCAUACUUUAUCGCACAACAUUAGCUCGUAAAUUGCAGAAUAUCGGAUUUAAUCUUGAAGCGAAAUACGUUUCCAAUUUAGCUUCAGAGAAAUGGAAGCUGAAAUCCAAAGCUUAUAAAGAUCAACUCAAAAAAAUAUCCAACGAAUUAAAGAUAUUUUUGAGUCAUGAUAAGCAUUUCACAAAAUCGCAACGGAAAACCAAAAUCAAAAUUCGUCAAUACGAUCCGAUUAAACUCAAAAGCUCUAGAAAACUUACCAAUAAAUUAAAAUCUACAGAUAAUUCAAAUAAUAUUCAAGAAAUCAGUAAUACUACUGAUGGUAGCCAAAUUCAAGGGUUUCCUCAAAAUACAAACGAUUCACUCGUAUUUUUUGACUCAAACUCAUUCCCAUAUUACAUAUUCGAUUCCUUUGAUCCAAUUCCCUUCGAGUUUAAUUAUAUCCAAUCGACACCACCUAAUGCAUCAUCAUCAUCUAACUCCUUACUUCAGGAGCAAGGUGUUUGGCGUUUUUAG